UCGCCAGUCGGCUCGUGCGAAGUAUGGUGUACGCGUCGCAAUAUGCGCUGGACCCGCGUGACCCGUGCGGCACUUGCGUGUCGCGCUGUAGUGUCGUGUCACGUCACACGUGCUAUACGCUUCUCAAUUUGCGCCUAGCCUGCAGUACGCCACUAAAGGAACGGUAAGGCUGGAGAUGACAGCGCCAGUAGAGAUUCGUUCAUCUGGAUCACGGUGACGCGCGACACGUGAACAGCGGCGCGCGUCGCAGACGCUGUGGCGCGCCUCGCUGACGUAACGCGCAGAGCGAUACACGGGAGGAGCUGGCAGCUGGCAGCUGGCAGCUGGCAGCGCUCAGUCCACCGCGGGCCGCGAUGGCGGGAGCGCGCAAGCUGGUGAUCGCGCGGCCAUUAGGCACCGAGCCGCUGCCCGAAGACUUCUGCCUGCAGGAGGAGGAGCUGCCCCCGCUGCGAGACGGCCAAAUCCUGGUCGAGGCGCUCUACAUCAGCCUCGACCCGUUCGAGUGGGCCUUCAAGCACCUGCACAAGGUCGGCGCCACCAUGAUCGGCUCGCAGCUGGCGCGCGUCGUGGAGAGCCGGUCGGCGGCUUUCCCGGCGGGCCGGCUGGUGGUGGGCUGCUUCGGGUGGCGCGACCGCACCGUGACGGACGUGGGCCCGCGGGCGCACCUCCCGCUGUGGCCGCCCGUGCUGCUGCCGCGGGACCUGGGCGGGCUGCCGCCGUCGCUGGCGCUGGGCGCCCUCGGCAUGCCCGGCUACGCCGCCUACUUCGGCCUGAUCGACGUCUGCGACCCCAGGCCCGGCGACGUGGUCGUCGUCAGCGGCGCCGGCGGGGCCGUGGGGUCGCUCGCCGGGCAGAUCGCCCGCAUCCACGGCUGCACCGCCGUCGGGCUCGUCCGCUCCGACGAGAAGGUGAGGUGGCUGACGGAAGAGCUGGGCUUCGAGCACGCCUUCAACUACCAGACGAGCGACGUGCGCGCCGCGCUGCGGCGGGUGGCGCCCGGCGGGGUCGACGUCUACUUCGACACGGUGGGCGGCGACCUCAGCUCCGCAGUAGCCGACUGCAUGCGCGAGCGGGGCCGCAUCGCCGUGUGCGGCUGCGUGUCCACGUACCGCGACCCGCGCCCGCCCAAGAUGCUGCUCAUCCCGCCCGCCGUCGUCCGCAAGCGGCUGCGCAUGGACGGCUUCAUGUUCACCCAGUGGCGCGACCGCUGGCCCGAGGCCGACGAGCGGAUGGCGCUCUGGAUCAGGCAGGGCCGCCUCAAGUGGCGAGAGACCCUCACUGACGGCUUCCUCAACACGCCGCAAGCGUUCGCCGCCAUGCUCAGGGGUGACGCCAUCGGGAAGGCUCUCGUCAAGGUCUGACCGAGAACUCGAGCGUCGGUCAGUGCUCGAAUGCACACGCGGCAGACUGACUGCGCACCUCUCACUUUUCCCACCGAGCACAUUCCCGAAUGUGAAAGUGACGUGAGCGUAGACUAUCGCAGCCAUAGCCAUCUCGAUCUGACAGAGUGGCGUCGUGCAUAAGGAAUGUACUGGAACAUGGGGGUACUGCAGGUGGCCUUCAAGAAGAAACUGCAAAGUGAUGAUCUAAUGGCAGUACACCGGUGUAUAUGAGGGGCGUUCGCUAACUGACGCAACAUAUUUUUUUCUGAUAGUUGCCUUCAUUCAGGAUUCCAGUACACGAGGCCGGCCGGGUGGCCGAGCGGUUCUAGACGCUAGUCUGGAACAGCGCGGCCGCUACGGUCGCAGGUUCGAAUCCUGCCUCGGGCAUAGAGGUGUGUGAUGUCCUUAGGUUAGUUAGGUUUAAGUAGUUCUAAGUUCUAGGUAGCUGAUGACCUCAGAACUUAAGUCCCAUAGUCCUCAGAGCCAUCUGAACCAGAACACGAUAUUACUCCUCACUCUUUUAAAAAGCACUCCGUCUUCAGGCAACGAGUGGCCUACCGGGACCAUCCGACCGCCGUGCCAUCCUCGGUGGAGGAUGCGGAUAGGAGGGGCGUUGGGUCCGCACAAUGCUCUCGCGGUCGUAAGAUGGUAUUCUUGACCGAAGCCGCUACUAUUCGAUCGAGUAGCUCCUCAAUUGGCAUCACGAGGCUGAGUGCACCCCGAAAAAUGAUAACAGCGCAUGACGACUUCGAUGGUCACCCAUCCAAGUGCCGACAACGCCCGACAGCGCUUAACUUCGGUGAUCUCACGGGAACCGGUGUAUCCACUGCGGCAAUGCCGUUGCCAUUCCCCACUCUUUUCGCUACAGAAUUCUGUUUUUCAACACAAUCUCCGUUCAAUGCAACGGCCUACGCCACAUUACUCGGAGGGCACGGUACCACUCUACGUCGCAAUCAAUAUCCUUCUGCGUCAAUAUCCUCCUCUCAACCACGCACUCUUUCCUGUGAAAUGCAUCCUUCACUGACCCAGACAGAUGGAAGUCAGAAGGUGCGAGAUACGUUUAGUAGUGAUGAGCCUAUGUUCAUCACCUGUGACCACGAUCCACAGAAAAUUGUCACGAUCAGUCUCGUAACGGGCAACCAAUUCCGCGCAAGUGGCCUUUCAUUGCCCUUUUUGGUCCUCUGUUAGGUGGCGAGGACUCCAGCAGGCACACACUUAGGAGUACCCCAACUGGUGCACGAGUACGUUAGCACUACCAACAGAGACGUGCAGUUGAGCAACUAGGUGUUUCAUUGCGAUCCAUAGAUCGAACGACUCGCUGUGCUUUUGGUAAUUGCCAGGUGUCCGUAGACAUUGCGCGAAGACCUGUGAAUAUCUGCGAUGAUCUGGCUUUCCGCCAAGAGAAACUCAGUCACAGUUGUCUGCUUGCAAUGCAAAUCUGUUACAGACGCCGUUUUCAGGGCUACACAUAACGCUGCGCCGGCCAGUGUGGCCGAGCGGUUCUAGGCGCUUCAGUCCGGAACAGCGCGCCCGUUACGGUCGCAGGUUCGAAUCCUGCCUCGGGCAUGGAUGUGUGUGAUGUCCUUAGGUUAGUUAGGUUUAAGUAGUUCUAAGUUCUAGGGGACUGAUGACCUCAGAUGUUAAGUGCCAUAAUGCUCAGAGCCAUUUAAACCAUAACGCUGCCAUAUGCUGGAGCAGAAAUAUUCCAUGCUGUCCCACAACAAAUUCCGCUUUUAUUCAGCCGAAAUUGGCCAAGUGUUGCAUUACUAACUGAACGCCCCUCAUAUAGCGACGAAAGUGGAAAGCGUUACUUCAUGGAAUACUAGUCCAAUAUUUAUUAAACAUUGCGAAGAUGGUCAUGAAAUAAUAGGUGUUAAAUUAUUACAUUUUCAUUCAGCCAGGAAAUGAGUGCCAACACCAGUGUCAGUACGAGGUGCCAUGCCUAUGGUGAGGAAUACUCCCACGUAAUUAUGAUAUGGAAGCAAAAACGAGGAAUUUCUUUCCUUGUGUGAAACACAUGCUGAUAAAGUAGAAGCGUUGGCAAAGUAGAAUAAUGAUUUUACUGAACAUUGAUUUCAUGUCAUUUAUUGAUACAAUCAGCAUAUUAUACAUCAUUGUAAAAAUAGUUACACGAUUGUUGAUCAUAACUAAUGUUAAUGUCCGCUUCAAUUUCAUAAUAUUUGUUAUAAAAAAAACUUUCGUCUUCCGAGUCACUAAAAAUAUUUACAAGUUA